AUUGGCUUAUCUUGGGAGCUACAGGACAUUGCUCAUCUUGAAGAUCAGGUGACCACUGACCAUGUCAUCGAGGCCUUUUGAAAGUCCCCCUCCAUAUAGACCUGAUGAAUUCAAACCAAGUCAUUACGCACCAAGCAAUGACAUGUACGGUGGGGAGAUGCAUGGUCGCCCAAUGCUCUCUCAUACGGCAUAUUCUUUCUACCCAGAAGAUGAAAUUCUUCACUUCUACAAAUGGACCUCUCCUCCAGGAGUGAUUCGGAUUCUGUCUAUGCUCAUCAUCGUGCUGUGCAUUGCCAUCUUUGCCUGUGUCGCCUCCACACUUGGCUGGGACAGAGGCUAUGGAAGUAACAUUCUAGGAGGUGGUAUAGGUUACCCUUAUCCUGGAAGUGGCUUUGGAGGCUUCGGAAAUGGCUAUGGUUAUGGCUACGGUUAUGGCUAUGGAACAGGCUAUACAGAUCCAAGAGCGGCAAAGGGCUUCCUUCUGUCCAUGGCUGCCUUUUGUUUCAUUGCUGCAUUGGUUAUAUUCGUUACCAGUGUUAUAAGAUCUGAAAUAUCUAGAACAAGAAGAUAUUACCUGACCGUGAUAAUAGUGAGUGCUAUCCUGGGCUUCAUGGUGUUUAUUGCCACAAUCGUCUACAUAAUGGGAGUCAAUCCAACUGCCCAGGCUUCUGGAUCUAUGUAUGGUUCACAGAUUAUUGCCAUCUGCAACCAGUUUUAUUCACCUACAACUUCUGGGAUGUACGUGGAUCAGUAUUUGUAUCACUACUGUGUGGUGGAUCCUCAGGAGGCCAUUGCCAUUGUGCUGGGAUUCAUGGUUAUUGUGGCUUUUGCUUUAAUAAUUUUCUUUGCUGUGAAAACUCGAAGAAAGAUGGACCAGUAUGACAAGUCGAAUAUUUUGUGGGACAAGGAGCCUGUUUAUGAUGAGCAGCCCCCCAAUGUUGAAGAGUGGGUUAAAAACGUUUCUGCAGGCACACAAGACAUGCCUCCUCCACCUUCUGACUACGUGGACAGAGUGUACAGUCCCGUGGCCUACUCUUCCAAUGGUAAAGUGAAUGACAAGCGGCUGUAUCCAGAAUCAUCCUAUAAAUCAACACCGGUGCCCGAAGUGGUGCAGGAGCUUCCCGUGACGUCCCCUGCGGAUGACUUCAGGCAGCCUCAUUACAGCAGCGACGGUAACUUUGAGACACCGUCCAAAAGGGCUCCCACAAAGAGAAGGGCGGGCAAGUCAAAGAGGCCAGAGCAAGACCACUAUGAGACAGACUACACGACUGGCGGCGAGUCCUGCGAUGAGCUGGAGGAGGACUGGAUCAGGGAAUAUCCACCUAUCACUUCAGAUCAACAAAGACAAGUCUAUAAGAGAAGUUUUGACACUGGCCUGCAGGAAUACAAGCGCUUACAAGCAGAACUUGAUGAGAUCAAUAGAGAACUCUCUCGUCUGGAUAAGGAAUUGGACGACUAUAGAGAAGAAAGCGAAGAGUACAUGGCUGCUGCUGAUGAAUACAAUAGACUGAAGCAAGUUAAGGGGUCUGCAAAUUACAAAAAUAAGAGGAAUUAUUGCAAGCAGUUGAAGAGUAAGUUGUCCCACAUCAAGAGGAUGGUUGGAGAUUAUGACCGAGGGAAAACAGAAAGCAAAUUCCAGAUUGUCUGAGUGAUGGAGAAGUAUCCGACAUCUCUGCAGUGGUGUCAGCAUGCAAAAUGACUUUGGACUCUAACCAGAGAGGCCAAACCUUUGUGACCAUUACAAAGUUUUGGUAGCUUUCAUAUCAUUGGUAUGGAAGCAUUUUAUAAAUAGCUUUUGAUAAUCAACUGUGCUGAACACUCCAAUUAAGGAUUUAUGCUGUAAACACUGGUUCUGAUAUUAAGAACUGUUGUUUGAGGUUUUCAAACCUUUUCAGGAAGGUUGCUGAGUGUACUGUGCUGUGAACUUUCACGCCCUAGCCAGUCAUCUCUUAGUGCUCCAUUAGUUCCAAUAGGUGAUCUCAUUGAAUCCUCCCAGAAUCCUCCCUUCAUGUAACUGUUAUUUAUAAUCGUUCCUUUUCAGAGAAGGAAACUGGGUCCCUGCAGUGAAGUGAAACCACUUGUUUCCUAGCUUGCAGUUUGGUUAAGUCUGUUUUAUGACUCCAUUAAUGAAGUCCCUAACCGUUCAUAUUGUAGCUACUGCGGAUAUUACAUUCUACCAACUUCCCUACUGAUUGUUUUUCUGUAUGUAAAUGGUUAAAAGAGCUUUUUAUUGUUUUAUGUUAUCUUGGUAAUGAAGACCAUAUAAAAGUAACACAUUGUGAAAUUUAAAGAUUGUAAAUACGUAUUUACUUUUUAAAAAUCAAAAUUUAAAACCACUAGCUAGAAUUUUAUUGUGUAUUUUAUAAUACUUCUUAAUCUUUUAUGGUUUACAUGCUUUUUUUUUUUUUCUUUAACCAACUAGGCGCUUUCAUUAUAUUAGAGUACUUGAUUACAUUUAUAAUUCAGUUGUGACUUGAAAUGUAUCUUACAGGAAUGUUCAAGUUCUGUACAUAUUUUAUAAGGUAUUAAACCAGGUGUUUUCUUUCUAUAAUA